UUUCCAAGAUGGCUGCGCACACUUAGUUUCGAGUCAGUUUGGAAGAGUUUUUUCUUUAAAAAUCCUCUCCGAACGGAAGAUUUAGGUUAGGAAUCAUGAGGACUGUUCUGAUGGUGGCGGAGAAGCCCUCCCUGGCCCAGUCUAUCGCCCAGAUCCUCUCCGGGGGCAGUCUCAAGUCCAGGAAGGGAAUGAAUGGAGCCUGCUCGGUUCACGAAUACACAGGAAAGUUCCAUGGAGAGAUGGUGAAGUUCAAGAUGACGUCAGUGUGUGGUCAUGUGAUGUCACUGGACUUCCAGGGGGUCUACAACAACUGGGACAGGGUGGAUCCGGCAGACCUUUUCAGGGCUCCAACCAACAAGAAGGAAGCCAACCCCAACCUGAAGAUGCCAAAGUUUUUGGAGCUGGAAGCUCGAGGAGCAGACAUCCUGAUCCUGUGGCUGGAUUGUGACAAGGAGGGAGAAAACAUCUGUUUUGAGGUCAUCGAUGCCGUGAGACCCAGUAUGAACAGACCCAGGGGCAGGGAACAGUACAUUUACCGGAGCAAGUUUAGCGCCAUCACGGAGACGGACAUUCGUGGCGCCAUGAUGAGGCUGGGAGAACCCAAUGAGAACGAGGCCAUGUCGGUGGACGCCCGGCAGGAGCUUGACCUUCGGAUCGGCUGUGCCUUCACCAGGUUUCAGACCAAGUUCUUCCAGGGGAAGUACGGUGACCUUGACAGUAGCCUGAUCUCGUUCGGCCCAUGUCAGACCCCGACCCUGGGGUUCUGUGUGGACAGACAUGACCAGAUCCAGUCCUUCAAACCUGAGACUUACUGGGUCAUUCAACUACAGGUUAGCGGUAAGAACAACUCUCCCAUCUGGCUGGACUGGGAGCGUGUGAGGCUGUUUGACAGAGAAGUGGCUCAGACUUUCCUCAACAUUGUCAAGGCAGCCAAGGAAGCCAGAGUUGUGAGCGUGACUAAGAAAGAGAAGGCCAAACAGCGGCCCAUAGCGCUGAACACGGUGGAGUUACUGAGAGUGGCGAGCUCCUCGCUGGGCAUGGCUCCACAACACACCAUGCAGGUGGCUGAGAGACUGUACACACAGGGCUACAUCAGCUACCCUCGCACGGAAACUACACACUAUCCGGAGAACUUCGAUCUCAAAGGCACCCUGAGGCAACAGACAGGCAACUCAUCCUGGGGACCAAUAGUCAGAGAACUGUUGGACAAAGGCAUUCAGAAACCAAGGAAGGGUGCUGAUGCAGGUGACCACCCUCCAAUCACACCCAUGAAGUCAGCCACAGAGUCAGAGCUGGGAGGGGAGGGCUGGAGACUGUAUGAGUACAUCACAAGUCACUUCAUCGCUACGCUGUCAAAAGACUGUAAGUACCUGCAGACCACGGUGAGGUUUGACGCGGCAGGAGAGUCAUUCAGCGUGACGGGGAAGACGCUGAUCGACGCGGGCUACACGGCAGUCAUGCACUGGCAGGCCAUCUCAGCCGAGGAGAGCGUACCACACUUCGAGAAGGGGGACACCUGCACAGUCAAUGAGGUGAAGCUUGCUGAGAAACAGACCAGCCCUCCUGACUACCUGACAGAGGCAGAACUGAUCAGUCUGAUGGAGAAACACGGCAUCGGUACAGACGCCAGCAUACCUGUGCACAUCAACAACAUCUGCCAGAGAAACUACGUGACAGUUGGAGGGGGAAGGAAACUGAUCCCAACCCCACUGGGCAUCGUGUUGGUACACGGGUAUCAGAAGAUUGACCCUGAGCUUGUGCUGCCCCACAUGCGGUCAGCUGUGGAGACCCAGUUGAACCUGAUUGCGCAGGGGAAGGCUAACUUCCACGCCGUGCUGCAGCACGCUCUGGACAUCUUCCGCCUCAAGUUCCACUACUUCGUGGACUCCAUCUCUGACAUGGACCAGCUGUUUGAGGUGUCUUUUUCUCCCCUGGCGGCCAGCGGAAAGCCUCUGUCAAGAUGCGGGAAGUGUCGCCGGUUUAUGAAGUACGUCCAGGCCAAGCCCAGCCGCCUGCACUGUGCCACCUGUGACGAGACCUACAACCUCCCGCAGGGCGGCACCGUCAAGCUGUACAAGGAGAUCAAAUGUCCCCUGGACGAGUUUGAACUGGUCCUGUUCUCCACAGGGUCAAAGGGCAAGACCUACCCCCUGUGCCCCUACUGCUUCAACCACCCCCCCUUCCCGGACAUGAAGAAGGCGAUGGGGUGUAACCAGUGUACCCACCCCACCUGUACCCAGUCUCUCAUCAACAACGGAGUGGCCCAGUGUGUGGAGUGUGAGGACGGAGUGCUCGUUAUGGACCAGACAUCCGCACCAAAGUGGAAAAUGGCCUGCAACAAGUGUAAUGUUGUAAUCAAUGUGUUUGAGAAUGCUCACAAAGUGAGUGUGUCGGCCUCAGAAGACUGUGAAGAGUGUGGAGCUUCUAUCAUUGAUGUGGACUUCAAUAAGGCCAAGUCACCGUUAGAAGGAGGAGAGACGCAGCACUCUGGCUGUAUCUUCUGUGACCCCCUCCUCACCCCGCUCAUCGAGAGGCACUACGCCGCCACACGACACCCCAAGUUCAAACGUGGAGGGGGGGCGGGGCGUGGGCGGGGCAGGGGGAGGGGCAGGAGGGGAGGGGGGAGGGGGAAACCCAAGAACAAGAUGGACCAGCUGGCAGCGUACUUUGUGUAACAGAAGAUCAGUCAUGAUUGUACAAGUGUUCAACAUAGUUUUCUAAGGAACACAAUUUUUUUUUCCUUUAGGCCACACCCAUUUAAUUUGUUGUUUAUCGGAUUCAUCCUGUCCAUUUUU